AUUAACUCAAAAAUCGAGGGUUACGUUACCAAAAACAAUCGCAUCUAUCGAAUGACUCAUAGUUCUGUAUGGCAAGUAAUAAGAUUAUUAAUAAGUUUCAUCUAACUAAUCAAUGCAUUAUUUGUAUAUAAAAGACUUAAUUAUUAUAAUCAACAACAAUAAUCGAGUAAGAGUAUUCCGCGAGUUAGUAUGAGUAUCCCCAAAUCACGAAAGAAGAUUAAAUCCGUCACACUAACUUGUAGAAUACUCUGGAGUUAAAUCUCUUGUACUUUGGGAUAUAAAAUUACUUGGGGACACAGUAGUUGAACUCCUUAUAUGCUACAGUACAAUGAAACGAAAUUUGAUUAUCUAAAAAAGAAGAAAAAGAACCGUCGAUCGGUUAUCGUUAUUGAUUAUCAUAGAUAGAAGUCUUUUACAUACAAAUAAUGAAUUGAUUACUUUAGAUGAAACUUAUUAGUAAUCUUAUUACUUGCCAUACAGAAGUAUGAGUCCUCGAUUUUUGAGUUAUUAUGUCCGUUCUCGUUACCUACACUUUCUGCACUUUUUGAAAACUGCAAAAAGCGUAGAGAAUGAGAACAGACCUAUUGUCUACUUUUAUGAUACAAGUCGAAACCAAUCGAAACUGGCAAAAUAUUUCAUCACUGGCUGAUAUCACUAAAUUUGUGUUCGAUGAGGGGGAGGGGGGGGGAACUCGCUCUCGAGCACGGCAACUUCAGGUGCCUUACUUGAGAUAGAACUGGAUGGUACAGACGUCAAACAAAUCACUGUAAAAUGACUUCUUGCUUUGAGAAUAUACAGAUUCCACCCUGUGUGUGGUUCGAGGGUGGCGAGAAGCGUAAUGCUUAUGCAUCCAUGCUUGCUGGAACUCUAUUCUUUAUGGGAUGGUGGUUUAUUAUCGAUGCCCAUGCAAAAUAUCCUAGUGAAAUGUCAAAUGCAUAUCAUGUAUGUGGAGUAUUUGGUACAAUAUCUCUUUUCAUGAUAAAUUCAGUGACUAAUGCCCAAAUAAGAGGCGAUGCAUAUAAUGGAGGAUGUCUGGGAGCUAGAGGUGCCAGAGCCUGGCUCUUUGUAGGAUUUGUAAUAGGAUUUGCUUCAGUUAUUGCAGCAUGCUGGAUUUUGUUUGCUGACUUUGUUACAGCCGAUGUUCCCCACCAUUGGCCAGGAGUUGGUCUAUUUCUGCAAAAUAUAUUUAUUUUUUUGGGCUCCUUAACAUAUAAAUUUGGACGGUCUGAAGAUCAAUGGAGCUAAUUUAUAUGUACUUGAUGGGUGUAUAAUUAUUGUAUUAUUCAACAAAAGUUUUUAAAACUUAUUGCCCACUUAUUUUUUAUGAGCAUAAGCAGAUGUAGUCCGUUACAAUAUUGCUGCUCAUUAUGAUAUCAUUAAUAUUAAACAUCACCUAUUAUUGUAAAAAUUACUUUUACUGUAAAAAUUUAAAAUAAUAAGCAAUAAUUGGAAUAUACCUAAAUAAUAAAAACAGUUGCUUUAUA